AUGUCUAGUAUCUACAAGCUAUCGAUAUGUGGGAUCAGGUCUUUUUCAGACGAAUCUCAAGAGACCAUCCAGUUUAGUAAACCAUUGACGCUAAUUGUUGGUACAAAUGGAUCAGGUAAAACGACAAUAAUCGAAUGCUUAAGGUAUGCAACAACAAAUGAGCUGCCUCCAAACACCAAGACAGGGGCGUCCUUUAUCAAUGACCCCAAUCUACAUAGCUCUAAUGAGACAAAGGCCCAAAUCAAGUUGGCAUUUCAGAAUACCAAACGCGUCAAUCUUAUAUUGAGCAAGAGCUUAAUGGCUAUCAAAAACCCAAGGACGAAGACAAUUAGCUUCAAAACAAAAGAGAACCAAUUAAUGGCUAUACAUCACGGUGAGAAGCAAACCAUCAGCUCUAAGGUUGCAGAUAUCGAGAACCUAAUACCUCAACAUUUGGGCGUCUCCAAAGCUAUAUUAAACUAUGUUGUUUUCUGCCAUCAGGAUGAGAGUCUUUGGCCCAUCAGUGAAUCUGCCGUUCUAAAGAAAAAAUUUGAUGAAAUAUUCGAUUCUUCCAAAUUCAUCAAAAUCUUAGAAAACGUGAAAACAAUGACCAAAGAUAUAAAUGCAACUAUCAAAUUAAUCAACAACAACGUUGAACAUUUGAAAAAUGACAAGGUUAGAGCUGCUAGCAAAAGAAAAUCAAUUGGUAUACUUCAAUCUAGAAUAAGAGAAAAUCAAGCUGUGAUGGACGAGAAGCAAUCGCAAAUUGAUGAGCUCACUCUCAAAUUACAAAAAGUUUACACUUCUAAUCAAGAUUAUGAAAGAACAAUCUCCAAAAUCGAGUCACUUGAACAAGACAAGAAAAAUAUGCUCAAGAAUAUCGAAAGUCUGAAACUAACAACGGAUCUCUUGAAUCGCCCCAAGGAGAUCCUCCUAGAUGAGUUGGCAAACUUUGAGAAUGUUUUAUCGAAUCAAGCCAAGCAAUGCGAGACGUUACAACAUUAUAUUGAUGAUAACAAUUCAAAAAUUGUAAAAUUGAGAAAUGAGUUGAAUCAAACACUUGUUCAAAGCGGCAAUCUGAAAAGUUUGCAUGAAAAAUAUCUUGAAAACUUGCAAAAACGUGAUGAUAUGAUGGGCGAAUUCACUCAUCAAUUGGCGAUCGACGAUAUUUCUCAAUUUGAUUCAAAGUUAUCAUCUGAAUUGAGUAGACUAUCAACUCUGUACAACCAAAAGAAAUCAGAUUAUGAACAAUUGACUAAGGAGAUUUCAGAUAAAUUACUUUCUUUGCAAUUUGCUAAAUCAAAUGAAUCUAAACAUUUACAAUAUCUAUCCACUGAUAAGGAGAAUCUAUAUAGAAGGAUGCAAGAGUUUGAGUCCAGGUAUGAGAAUAUCACAGGACAUCAAACAAAGUUGAAGUCCUUAAAAGCUAAACUCGAUAGUGAAAUUGAAAAAUUGAAGAAAUUAAAGACCUCAAAUGAAAUUCAUACAUUAAACAUGAAAAUUGAUGAAAAAAAUAAUGAACUCAUAUCAAUGGAGAUUAAGUUGGAAAAUUUGCAGAGAAAACUAAAGGAGUCAAGAAUAUCAAUUGACAUACACACAAAGCUGAAAAUUUUGAAGGACCUCAAUAAUUCAUCUUCUAGAGACUUAAAUUCUUCACUUGCCAAUGUCACAAAAGAAUUCCCUGAUCUAUCCAAGGAUACACUAGGGGAUAGCUUUGAAUCCAAUAUGAAAACCUUGGACACUGAAAUCAAUAGGAAAAGGUCUGAGUUGGAAACCCAGAAAUUCAGGAGAAGCAAGUCAAAAAUUGACUAUGAUGUGUCAUUGGCUUCAUUAGGUGAAAAACAGGAGCAAAUUAAAUCUUAUGAGACACAAUUCCUUCAUUUGAAUGACCAGUACAAAUCGAUUUAUGGAGAUAAUCUCACUCUCGAAAAAUACGAAAAUAUAAUGGAUGAUAUAGAACUCGAUUAUAAUGAUGAGUUCCAGCAAUCUAAGGAAAUCCAAUUUCUAUCUGGAUAUUAUACAAAGGCUAAAAAAAGUGCAGAUGAGGAUCAUAAUUGCCUAUUAUGUCGCAGGAAAUUUAACGACUCUGACCCUAAAGAUCAAGAACGACUAUCUGCCUUUUCAGGCCUAUUGACAGUAAGACUCAAUAGACUAUCUUCAAGAGAAGGAUUUGAGGAGAAUGUCAAGCGGAAAGAACUUUUUUUAAACAGUUUACGAGAUUUUAAAAGUAACGCUUUGAAGUUGUUACAUAUUAAAAAAGAGGAAAUUCCCAAACUUUCCCAUAAGAUUGAAGAGCAGAAACGAUCUCUCCUUCAGUAUGAUGAAACCAUUAAUAAAAUUGAGUUAGAUUUAGAAGAGAAGAGAGGUCAACUCAAGAAAAUGAAAAUUUUAGAGCACGAUGUUUCGGUUUUCAAACAUCACUCAGAGGCUAUUAAGGAAAGAGAACUUGAAAUUGAAAGAUUGCAGCAGACCAUUGAAGAGUCUGGAAUGUUUGAAGAUACAGAGGAACUAGAAAGACAAAACUCCUUACUGUAUAAAGCUUUAAAAGAUACCAGAAAUGGAAUAGAAUCCCUGAAAUUAAACAGAGAUGCUAAACAAAGAAGAAACACAGAAAUUGAGAAAGGCAUUGACCAAAUGAAGCUUUCCAUCAAUGAGCUAGAGCUUAAAUCUCUUGAUAAACUUAAUAUUGAGAAAGCUAUCGAAGAAAUCAAAUCCCAAAUUAAAGAUAUUGAGAAAUCAUUCACAUUAUCUCAAGACAAAAUCGUUGAACUAGAUUCCAGUAUUGCCGAAUACGAAUCACAACUAAAGAACCAAAAUAUAAUUAAACAAGAUGAUUUGUCCAAAAUCCAAAAUCAGGUGGAAGAAUUGGAAAAAAUUAAAAAGCAUUUCUCCCAAAUUGAUGAAGAAAUCAAAGGUUAUAUUGAUAACAACAUAGAGGCCAAACUAAGUGAGGCAGAUGAAAAGAUUGAUAGGAUAAACUCUCAAAUAACGCAGCUAAGUUUUGAAAAUGAGAAGAAAAGUGCAGAAUUGAAACGUCUUGAGGCGGCAGUUUCUGAUUCUUCUCACCAGGAACGUAAUAUUAGGGCAAAUCUCAACCUUAUUCAAUUUGAGGAAGACAUUGUAUCGCUUGAUGAUCAAAUAGACCAACUAGAUAUUAAAAAAGCAUACGCACAUAGGAGUGAGUAUCUUUCAACAACCGCUCAAUUACAGGAACAGCAGAAACAGUAUCAACGAGAACUAGCUACUAAACUUGGUGAAACCACGCAAUUGGAGAGACAGGUGACCGAUAUUGCCGAUGAAAUAGAGAGAGAUUACAAAGAUAUUGAUAAGAGAUACAUGAUUGAGUAUGCCAAACUUCAGACCAAGUUAGCAAUGGCCACAGACUUAACUACUGUUUAUAAAUCAGUUGACAACGGUGUUAUGGAGUAUCAUCAAACGCAAAUGGCCAAGAUAAAUAACAUCUUGGAUGAACUAUGGAAGAAAACUUAUACCGGUAAUGACGUUGAGACAAUCAUGAUCAAGUCGGACCCUAUCCAGGGCAAGAAAAAAUCGGAUACCAUGGCAACUAAUAACAGAUCUUAUAACUACAGAGUAGUGAUGAUAAAAAAUGGUACUGAGUUAGACAUGCGAGGAAGAUGUUCUGCUGGUCAAAGAGUUUUGGCUUCUAUCAUUAUAAGGAUAGCACUGGCUGAAUGCUUCUGCUUGAAUUUUGGUAUGAUUGCCCUUGAUGAGCCUACGACUAAUUUAGAUGAUGAAAAUAUUGAAAGUUUAGCUAGAGCGCUUCAUUCAAUUAUCCGAGAAAGGGCAGUCCAGAGAAAUUUCCAGUUGAUUAUCAUUACCCACGACGAGAAGUUUCUACGGUGUAUGAAUGCGGUUGAUUUCACUGAUCAUUAUUAUAAAGUUAUUCGGGAUGAAAGGUUGAACUCCACUAUAAACAAAGUUAGUAUAGCUACUGUGACUGAGUAA